CCAACUUUUUCGCCUCACCCCGCAGUUCAGGCCUUUGUAUCCGGUAGGUGCGGCCGGUCGCAGGGACUUGCAUCAGGUGCAUUCUCUCGGCGGGGAAGGGAGGGGGACAUGACAAGAGAGCUGCAGCGUCCGGGCCCGUGGCAGCCAACCAGCUGUGGCUCAGACAGCCCGCCGCCCGGCCGCCCCCCGAUUCACGCUAUAAGUAUCGCCGGCCGGUGCGACUGCACAGAUUCUCGCCGUGCCUCGACCCACCGCGCCAUCACCAUGCUGAAGAUGCUGCUGCCGCUGAUGACUGUGCUGCUGUUGUGGCAGAGGGCGGCCUCCAUCGAAGAGCUCUGUCGGGAAUGCCUCUGUGCGAACUCUGGCGGAAGGACCGGAGACGCAUCCCACUGCGUAAUGCCGGACCCGACAAACUGCCUAGAGGGCAUCUACUGCGGACCUUACGGGAUGAGCAUCAACUACUGGAUAGACGCAAACAAACCCGGUCCGGACGACAACUUCUUCGAGUGCAUGGGCGACUGGGCCUGUGCCAACAAGACCUUAGAUAACUACAUCACCAAGUACUGCCAGACCAUGUUCGUGGGCCACUCUGCGCCGUGCAGCUGCGAGGAGCAGGUCCGGCUCCACCACUGCGGGCCGUACAGCAUCCACACGGAAUCCUGCAACAACUACUACGACUUCUACUUCGAGCCGUGCAUCAGCUCGGCUUGAGCAGCCCGAGCGAAGGUGACGCCGGUAGCACUUCGAAAACGAUGAGAUGGCGUGUAUAGAGAUAUGCAAAUCGUCCUGCGACACAGGGAAUUUGUACUAGGUGCUCAUGGUCAUCCUAAAGCUAAUACAUUUUGUUUAUCGCAUCA